CACAUUGAGGAAGUAUAAAGAAGACUUGGGGAAGCCAUAUAAUAGAAUUACAUUAUAUUUAUGUCCUGAUGAACCCGACAAUAUGAAUUCAGAAGACAUUGGCAGUGAUGAUCACCAUCAGUAUGAUCGUGAUCAAAAUGUCAGGAAAAAGGAACAAAAAGAAAAUGACACUGCAGGAUAUAUUGGUCCACAAAACAGUGAUGAUGGUAAAUGUCCCAUUGAAAUUGAUUCAGAUUCUGAAAGACAACUUGAUAGAAUCAAUUCUAGUAACAGUGUACCACCAAGUUAUGGCGCAACACAACAACAUGAUAAGAGCUCUAGUUCCAAUAAUAAUAUUGUGCAAAGUAAUGAAAUUGAUGCAUCUUCAUCUGAUACAAUGAUGUUGCUUACUGCUAAUGAUGACUUGCUGUAUGCAUCUUUGCUUUUUGAUGAGAAUAUGCCUUGGAGUGAUUCAGAAAGCGAAUAUUAACAGGACCCAGCAGUACCAUUGGAGAUUACAGAUGAUGACAAAUCUUUGCAAGACAUACUUUCAAAUUUAAAUACUCAAAUUAACUCCAAUGAAAUAUCCAAGUUUAAU